AAAAUAAAAGCAGGUUUGUGAUUUAAAAAUAAAAAUCAAGUUGAGCUUUCUUCUUUUUUUUCCUUCUUAGCAGAUUAUAUUCUUUAAGUCCCACCGGCGCGUCCCACCAUGUCAGCGCGUGUUGCUGAGUGGAUGACGCGCUCUGCGUCAUCCAUAACAAGCUUCACUUGGUCCCAUUUAUUCUCCCAUUCAGGCUUUAAGCUUCACAUUUCCAGUUAAACACCGUUUGGACUGUUUUUAUACCAAGAAUCUGCCGAACAGAGACAGAAAGGGAAAACAAAGACCUCCUCCUUCUCUUUUCCCAGCAGCUUUACGCGCGAGAGGAGCAUGAACUUUUCUGCAGGAUAACUUGAUCCCCCAUCAUUUCUAAUAUCUGCCCCGGAAAUGGCCAAACCUCUAGAUCACAUUAAGAGACCCAUGAAUGCGUUCAUGGUUUGGUCCAGAGGGCAGAGGAGGAAGAUGGCCCGGGAGAACCCCAAGAUGCACAACUCGGAGAUCUCCAAGAGGCUGGGCGCGGAGUGGAAGAGGCUCAGUGACUCCCAGAAGCGGCCGUUCAUCGACGAGGCGAAGCGGCUGCGGGUUCAGCACAUGAAGGAGCAUCCGGACUACAAGUACAGACCCCGGCGCAAAGCCAGAGCGCCGCUCAGCAGGGACCGCUUUGUUUUCCCGUCUUUGCUCGGGGACGCAGCGGUUCCUCUGGACUCUUUCCUGGUGUCUGCAGAUAAAGCCAGAACCCUGCUCGCCUCCUCCUCCUGCUCCUCCUCCUCCCCGUCUCCUUUCUCCCUCUGUGAGCCCUUUAACGCCGGAGUCGCCCAGCGGAUCUCCGAGAUGCCGCCGCCUGUGGCCGCAGGCGCGCUGCCCUACGGAGCGCACGGCUUCGGAUACCAGAGCGCAGCGUUCGGGGGGCUGGCGUGCCCCGGACAGCGCGCGUCCCCGCCCAGCCCAGGGUACGUGGUUCCCUGCAGCUGCAGCGCCUGGUCCGGAGCAUCCCUGCACCCUCAGGUGGCCUACAUCCUCUUCCCAGGAGGGAUCAGCAAUAAAGGCGCAUAA